AAUUAGAUCUAAGACGGCGAAUAUUGUAGAAAUUAAUGAGAAAGAGUUGAGUGGGCUGUCAAGACAUAAGAUAUCAGUUUGAAACUGAACUGUGCAAGAAAAGAACUUGUAUAGUAAUGAUGCUGCUCUUCGACUUUCAUGUAUUAUCAAAGAUCUUACGUGACCGUGCCCUGAUAAGAUUAACUAGAUGAUAAUUACCGUAGCAAACGAAUGAUAACAGUAACGCGCACUUCAGAAGUAAAGCGCAGUGUCAGACGAGGCCAAAGGUCAAGGAAACUGGCAAAGAGAUGUCUUCGAGUAGCUACUACUUGAAAUACUAUAUAUUACUAAUUAUAUAAGUAAGGCAUCGUAUUUUUGCGCCGAUACAAGAUGUUAUAAGUAAUGAGAAUAAUUGUGUUAAGCUUAAAAUUAUAACAUUGGUGAUAAUAAUUAACAAGUCAUUAUAAUUGGCUAGACGUAAUCGUAAAAGAAAGCUGAAUUUGAAAAAUGAUAAAUAAAAUCAACAGAGAAAUUAGGUGAUGUGGAAGAGAAGAACCUUCCCAACAGAGAGAGAAACGCCUCAUGCCCUUGGGUGAGGCACAUUAAUUCCUCCCAGCGCUGAGGGAGCAGCCACAGCAUUAAAUACUUACAUGCAUGAAAUUUAUCCCUUUUAUGGCCAUCAUACCAAUCAGGACAGUAAUGGGAGGAGAGUAAAGUGAUAGCUGUUUAUAUUAUAUUGGAAAAAUUCCACAGCUAAAAGUUGAAAUGACACACUGUGUGACAUCAGUUAGUGUAACACUGUAGCCAAUCACCCCCGCAACGCAGUGGGGUCCCGACCUUCAAGUUGAUGACCGUCUGACAACGCCGCCUUGUGCUUAGUCAGCGACCAGUGUUGUCUGGUGCUGCGUACAGGAGAGAACUGCCGUCCAACCACGCUGCGACUCUUCUCUUGUCCAUAUCAUAAGUUCCGAUUCUCUUCCUUCGCUCACUCACUGGACUCCAGCUAAGCGCCAGGUCCAGCAGGCUCCCUCGGAUUUCCACAGCCUGCCUGCGUCAUCUGAGGAAGUGGGACGCGGAGAGAAUAACUUGCAUUGUGGUAACGGGAGUAGCGCGCCAUUGAAUUAUUGCUGAAGUUUUCCAAGAAUUAUUCUGAAACAUGGUUGUUACUGCAGAGCAUCUAGAAAAGUUCCACCGCGAGGGGUGUGUGGCCGUGCCUGGCUUCCUCACAGAAGAAGAGGCAGACUCCCUCCGCUUUGCUUGCCGCCGUCUCGUGGACCAGAUGGACCCUGCACAACACUCCCCGACUAUUUUUUCCACCACUAACCACCAGCAGUCUCGCAACAAGUAUUUCCUCAACAGUGGAGACAAAGUCCGUUUCUUCUUCGAGGAGGAAGCUCUCGACAAGGAUGGCGGCCUUAAGGUGGACAAACACGUGUCACUCAACAAGGUGGGCCACGCACUGCAUUGGCUGGUGCCAGAGUUUCGCAGCGUUUCAUUCUCAGAGAAAGUAAAGACCACGGCCCGGCGACUGGGGUUCGUGUCCCCAGCUGUUGUCCAGUCCAUGUACAUUUUCAAGCAACCAGGCAUAGGGGGAGAAGUCACCCCUCACAAGGACUGCACAUUCCUGUCCACUGAACCCCAGAGCUGCACAGGGUUCUGGUUCGCCCUGGAAGAUGUCACUCUGGAGAAUGGCUGUCUGUGGUACGUUCCUGGCUCGCAACACAGGCCUACCAGCCGCAGAUUCGUCCGCACCGAUGAAGAGAGUGGUGACCUGACCUGCUUCACCGCACCGCCUGAUCCCGAUGACCCUUCCAAAUACGUCCCCGUGCCCGUCAAGAAAGGUACCUUAGUGUUGAUUGACGGCCAAGUGGACCAUAAGAGUGAAAAGAACACUUCCCCACACUCACGCCACAUAUACACCUUCCACGUAAUCGAGCGCCACAACACAGUGUGGGACGCCCGCAAUUGGCUGCAGCCCACGCCGGAGAUGCCUUUCACGGGGCUCUUCGAAAAUCAGCCUUCAGACGUCUGACCUCCGGGGACAAUCACAGCCUUUAUCGGCGUACUUCUUUAUGCAUACUUGAUUCACAGCUUGCUCAGUCUGCUGUUAAAGGGGGAGAAAGAACUGCAACAUUGUACAAAGAAGACUAAUAAGACUAUCAUUACCACUUGAAAAUAGUCUUUAAAGUAAUGAAACUUCUAACAUGGUUAAUAUUUGCUACAAUAUUAAUUCUGCUAACAAAAAUAUAACAUUUAUGAUUGCAAUAAAAGGCUAUUUUUGA